AUGGACGCCCCUGCCGACCCACGACUGCGCGCCAGGCAGCAGGCUGCCGCCGCUGCACCUCCACCACCCCCGCCGCCGCCAGCUGAGCCCGCUUCCAUGGGCAUGGACGGCGCCAGCGACGCGCACGCAGAGCAGAAUAUGGUACCCGACGAUAGCUUCAAGCUCAAGUUCUGCACUGUGUGUGCGAGUAACCAGAACCGCUCCAUGGAAGCUCAUCUUCAGCUUGCCUCAGCCCAUCUCCCUACCAUUAGCUUUGGCACUGGCUCUCUGGUCCGUCUUCCCGGUCCGACCAUCACGCAGCCCAACGUCUACAACUUCAACAGCACUACCUACCGCGCCAUCCACGAUGAGCUCGCUGGCCAGAACACUGCGCUCUACACCCACAACGGCCUGCUUAACAUGCUCGGUCGCAACUUGAACAUCAAAGGCUACCCUGAGCGCUUCCAAGACUGGGUGCCCGGCAAGCCUCGUUUGGACCACGCCGAAGACAAAGGCUCGCAGGGUACUGAAUCUGGUGUCGUCGACGUCGUCAUAACGUGCGAGGAGCGCUGCUUCGAUGCUGUGCUGGAAGAUCUCCACAACAAGGGCGGAAAGCUCAACCGUCCUGUCCACGUCUUCAACGUCGACAUCAGGGAUAACCACGAAGAAGCCCUCGUUGGCGGCAAAGCUAUCCUCGACCUUGCGCUCAGCCUGAACGAGGCCGCUGCCAAGGAGAGAGAACAACAUGGCGAUAGCGGGUGGCAAUCCGGUGGCGGAGCUGCUCGAUCUGGCUUUGACGAGCGCGUCCCCGACAUACUCGCUACCUGGCAAGAGCGCUGGCCCAACAUGCCCGCGCUCUGGAGUUUGGCUUGGGUCUAG